AUGGCAGAAAGACAGAGGGCCAAACCCCCAUUGGAAUCUAUGUGCUCGUGCCCGCGUACAAAAAACUCCUGGUUAGCCUCGUCAAACAAACCGGAUUCCUGGCCCGCCUUCGUUCGGCGAUGA